ACAAGGCUAGUCCAAAAUGGCCUUUUCAAAACCCGACCCGCUUUCUCUUUCUUAGAUCCGCUUUCUCCUCAAGCCCCUUCUCCCCUCUUCAUCUCUCUCUCUCUCUCUCUCAUCUCGAAGCUAGGGUUUCCAAUCCAAAUCGAGGAAGAAAAAGAAGAAAGGGAGAAGAGUUAGGGUUUCACAGCUACCCGAUCGAUGGCGAUGCAAGCUGGGAUGGGACUCUCUCGGAUCCUCCUCUUGGUUGGAGCUGGGUAUACUGGUACGAUCGUUCUGAGGAACGGGAGGCUGUCCGAGAUCUUGGACGAGCUUCAGGGUCUGGUUAAGGGUUUGGAGAAAUCUAAGGGGGAGUCUGGAGGUGACUCCGACGUUGCUGAUGCCCUCACUUUGCAGGUCCGUCGGCUGGCCAUGGAGGUCCGUCAACUUGCCUCCGCACGUCCAAUAACCGUUGUCAAUGGUUCUGGCCAGGGAGGGAACGUGUCAAAUCUUCUAGUGCCAGCUGCAGCUGCGGGUGCAAUAGGCUAUGGAUUAAUGUGGUGGAAAGGGUAUUCUUUCUCUGACCUCAUGUAUGUGACCAAGAAAAACAUGGCUAAUGCUGUUUCAAGCAUGACAAAACAGCUGGAUCAAGUGUCUGCUGCCCUUGCGGCAGCGAAGAGACACUUGACCCAGCGAAUUGAGAACUUGGAUGGGAAACUGGAUGAGCACAAGGUGUUAUCGACGGAAAUUAAAAAUGAGGUAUCAGAUGUUCGUGGUAAAAUCUCAAAUAUUGGUUAUGAUCUGGAGUCUCUCAAAGGAAUUGUUUGGGGUCUGGAUGGGAAGAUGAGUUCACUUGAAAAUAAGCAGAAUUUUGCAUGUGCUGGAGUGAUGUACCUUUGUGAAUUUGUUGCGGACAAAGAAAACAAGAUGCCAGAAUUUUUGAAGGAUGCACCCAAGCCUAAGCGCCAUUUCCUGGGAUAUAAGGAGGGUCUAAAGCAAUUUAUGGAAACUAUUGAAUCAGGAAAUUUCGACCAGACCCAGACAGAAGCGAACCUCCCCAAUGACACCAAUGCCUUGGAUAAUUUCAAGGGCUUGUCUAGGACUGCUUCGAUCAAGUGCUUAUGAGAAUGUAUGUAUAGAGAAGCAUACUUUUUACUUGUGAAGUGAAAUAAAUGUAGAAAUGGCCAUUCCAUGAGCCUCUUGUUCAUUUUUGUGAAGGAGAGGUGCUAUGAGAGCAGAUUUUAUCCUGUAUAGGAUUGUAUGAGUUGGUGGUAUUUGAUUACUGUUUGACUUUCUUCAGAUUGCUACGGAGCUGUACUGUCGCUCCUUUUAUAUGUAAAAAAUUGUUCUGCGGUUUGAGGAACUUAAAAUCUUUUUAGCUUCAAUUGUAACGUUACUUUCAUGCUGCAAAUUAACAACUUCUCGUA